AUGGGCGACAGCUGGACUUGCAGGUUCAACUUCAGUGAUUGGCCACCUUUCCAAGCUUAUGGCGUGGAAGGAUGGUGGUUGGACAACUUGCUGAAGGCCGGGAAGCUUGAGCGGCAUGUCUAUUUGCGUUUGGCGGCCCAGGUGACAGUGGGUUUCCAGAAGCGUUUGGCAGAUUGCCGCGCCGCGGAAAGGUUUGAGCAUGACUUGCGAGUGCAGGAAGCAGUGGAUGCUGCCACAGGUGAACUGCAACAAGCCAUUUUGCCCAUGAAGACCUUUGAUGUGGUGGAGGAGUUCAUUGCCUGCCAUGACGGCGCAGCACGCUUCCGCAGACCAAUCCUUGCCAUUGUUGGCGGCACUCGCCUGGGGAAGUCCAUGCUUGCAGUGGACAUACUCAAACGCAUUGCGGGCUGUUUGAACUUGCCAAGCUUUUUGGAGAUCACAGUGGAAGACAGCGAGCAGAUGGACUUAGCUGACUUUGACAGAGGCCAGCACGCUGGAGUCAUAUUGGAUGGAGUUGGUGAUGCUUACUUUCUCAAGCGGAAUCGAGAGGUUUUGCAGGGGCGCCCCAAAAUUGUCAAGGGUGCCCGAUCGGCCACCAAUGUUUACAGCUACAAGUACUCCUUUUGUUCCAGGGCAGUGGUUGCAACAUUUGACUUGGGGGCAUCCAACCUGACGGCUUUGAAGUCUGACCACUGGUUGCAAAACCGAAACAAUGUGCAGUUGCUCUGGCUGGAGGCCCCUGUUUACCGUCAGCCAAGCCUACCGACUCCAGCUGCUGAUGUCUGGAAUGGCUCCGAGGACGGCCGCCGCAAAAGGCGUUGGAUUGGUUCGCCUGCGCGUGUUCUUGACUUUGGCGCCAGCUAA